ACCACAUCCACCACAUCCGUCUCGGCGUCGGCUGGAACCUAUGGCCGUAAGCCCUCCGGGUGUUCUAGAUGAGCCAGCAGCGCCCAUGGAUGCGCCACAUUCUUUGCUCGAUGAGCGCGAGCUGUCGUCGGCGAUCGCCGACGCGAUGAUCGAGCAGGUGCUUUCGAUCUUGCAAAGGUUGCGGCCCUUCAUUGCCUACGAAGUGCAGCAACGGUUGAAGUCGCACUCGGCUGAGGUGCCAGCGAUGCGCCGGCAGAUCUCCCCGAUGCAGCGGCAGCACUCACCUUUCCAGACAUUAACAGGGCUUGCGCCAAGCUCACUGGCAGGGCCACUGCAGGAGAAGAUUCCCCUGCCACGAUGGAUGGGCGAUGGAGGUGGCGGCUGGAAGAGCCGCGCUGGCAGCGUCGACAGUGCUCACAGUCUUAGUCAAGGUGAGAAGGGCGAGAACGCUCAUGCUUGGGAGCAGUCGGUGGAGAAGAUCGAGAAGGUCCUAGAGGAGCGGAGCUCGAACACGCCCAAGAAGCUCCCAAAAGCCUUGUCAGGCAUGUCGGGCUGCUUCCCGAUCCUGGAGGAGAGAACGACUGCAAAGCAGUUGCAAUGCCAGUCGGAGGAUCUGCAGGCCAUGGCGGCUUUGCAUCUCACUGAGUCUGUCGGUCGCAACAGCAGGCACGGCUCCAAGAGCGGAGAUCGCUCGCAGAGCAAGAUGAGUCAAUUCAGCUCCACCAGCGGAGUGAUCGAGAACCGGGCGAAGAUGAAGGCGGCGAGGAAAGCGGCCAUGACCCUGGAUGAUCGCCACCAUGUGCUUCCGGGCCUGAAGGAAUUCGUGGGCGAAGGUUUGAUUCCAGAUGCACCUCCCGAACCUAGCAGGACUCCCAAGAGAAAGAUCUCGGUCAGCAUGACCAGGGCUGUGAGCAGUGCGCCACGUAGCAGAUCACGCGCGCCACCGAAGUUUACGUCAGAUGAUCCCAGAACGACCUGAAGAGUCCCAAACGGGGGUCUGUGUGCGGUCUCGUUUGGGUUCGCUGACCGGACCUCUGACGACUUGUCUAGAAGCCAAUGUUUAAACAUUCCUGGGAGGCAUUGUUCUGUGUGUUCUCUCAGUUUGCUCCAAACUCGGGUGCAUUUUUGUGCCUCUCCUUUGGUGUUAAGGAGCUUCUUCUACCAACGGGAAGAAUGU